AUGACGGUGGAGGUGCGGAUGGCGUCGUGGAUGGUCGUGGUGGUGGUGGUGAGUGACGACCCAGUCUUCCUGGCUGCAUUUGCCCAACAAGCCCGUGAGGGUCGCCUGCUGGUGUGGGCCACGAGGCUCAUUGUGGUGAGCCGCCGCGUCCCGCACAGCCUUUACCCGCUCCACCAGACUCUAGCCCUCACCAGCUCCCUCCUGCUGGUGGUGGAUGUCGCGGCGGGAAAUGCCAGGUCAUGUGACUGUCUACUCCUCUGUAUGCUUUUGAAAAAAGGUCACGGCCAAACAGAUCGCCGCUGUUCCAGGGCUACUGGGUGGAUGGUGCUGCCGUACCAGCGGCCUGGCGUCGCCCCGCUGCGGGUUGCCUCCUGGACGCCGAGGGGCAAUCUUUCAUUGCAUCGGCCGCUCUUCUGGGAUAAAUUCAGCAAAUUCUCUGGAGAGACAAAUUUGGUGGUGGCGAUGGAACGGAACCUUAAACAUACAGUAGUGGAGAAACCUGACUCGACAGCUCCUGGAGGAGUAAGGGUGCUGUUCAAGGGAUUCAUGGUCACCGUUGUGAACUAUUUGGCGCAAGGACUAAACUUCUCACGGGUCGUGGGAGCAAAGAUACGGAAUGGUUCCUUCACUGGCAUGCUGGGCCAAGUCAACAAAGAGCAGAGGGGAACAAAUAGUUCUUCUAUUGAAGGAGUAUAUUUACAGGAAGUGCACUUUGGCCUGGGACCUUUCGGUAUUAAUGCCGCUCGCUACGAGGCCGUCGAUUUCACUUGGCCACUUUCCUUCGUAGACGUCAAAGUCUUCGCUGGUCGCGGGAGUGCCGAGGUGGACCCGUGGGGCUUUCUGCUUCCCCUCGCCCCGUGGGUGUGGACGAUUCUGUUAUCAACACUCCUUCUUCUCUCUGUCACCUCAUCUUUUCUCUCCAGAAAGUUUUCACAGGAAGACUUGGAUAGCAAUGAAGUCUUAGCUUCAAAUAUGCUUUAUUUUGUCAGCAUCGUACUUCGUCAGUUCAGUACUCACAGCUGGUUGCUAACUCAUUUGUCACUCCUGACGCUGGCAGCCGUGUGGGUGAGUAAGGGCGAGUGGUGGUGGCAGCGCGUGGUGCUGGGCAUGUGGAUGCUGAUGACCAUGGUGCUGAUGCGGAGCUACGAAGGCAACCUCAUGUCGUUGCUGGCCGUGAGACACCUGCCCCAGCCCUACCAGACCCUCAGGGACGUGGUUGACGAUCCCUCGGUAGUCAUGGUCUGGCACAAGCAGGGAUCACCCAUUCAGUCAGUGAUGGUAUGUAAACACACACAGAGCUACUUUAAUGCCGGAGAACGAUCGGUGAGCGGAAAACUUAUCACUAUAUUGUGACGCAGACUGCAGAUUUAACUUGAAUGUAUGUGCAAGAAUGAUUUGCCAUUGACAGGACGCUACGUCUGGGAUCUUCCACGAGGUGAAGUCGAGUGAGGAGCAAGGGCGCCUUAUGGUGCUGCCAGUAAUCAAAUAUCGUUCCAUCCUGGACGAAGUUAUAAAUCAGAAGAUUGUGAUCAUAGAUUAUGAAAAGAUAACGAGAGCUACCAGAGGCGAACAUUUUUCUCGUACAGGGUUGUGUGACUUCUACAUGGGACGAGAGAAUAUCCAGGCCCAUUCCGUUGCCAUGAUCAGCCAGAAAGACAGCCCUCUUAUUCCAUCUCUCAAUACACGGAUAAUAUCCAUGACUGAGGCUGGACUUUAUAACUACUGGAACAAUAAAGGGAUCCCGAACUACAGUGCCUGUGAACAAGUGCCGACCAAAAUUACCAUCAGUUCGUCGCUGUCCUUCAG